AUGUACGUGGAGGAGACAGUGAGCGAGCCUGCUGCCUGCCUGCCUUCUGCCACUGCUGCUUCAGUGGAGGAGGAGGGGACGCCGGGAGGGGAGGCGCUUGCUCUGGAGCCCGGGCUGACCCCAGGCAUCCCGACAGGUGGAGAUGACAUGACUGCACUGGAGAGGAAGAAGGGCAAGGACCUACGCGGUCAGCAAGUUUUCCUGCGUCCAGAGGAGGGUUCCGCCCCCGCCAGGCUCUCCGCUGUGCCGUCAGACCAACUCCAGGCUCCGUGUCGCUACUCUACCUGCCUCCUGUCCACAGCAAAUGCGGCAAAUGAGCUGCUGUGGUGGUGUUUUUUUCUGAAGGUGCACAGGGCCACUGCCGACUUGACAGUGCAGAGAGGAGUUGGCAUAAAACAGCGAACUCUUCUGUUUAUUGACUAG